AUGUCCUUGGUGGCUACAAAGAAGGCUAUAACAGGCUUAAUUACCACAUUUGCAGAUAAGGUGAAGUCAUCUGGUAAUGCUAGCAAUGCCUCUGACCAUGAGCAUGAUCCGUUAAUUGUUUCGCCUAAUACUUCAGCAUCAAAUAUAAAUACCCGGGAAGAUGGCAGUCAUUCAGGGCACACUUCAACAGUUAAUGUUGUUGACACCUUAUAUGUUUCCAGUACGCCAUCUGUAUCGUCAACAAAUGCCAAUGCAUCUAGUAAAUUUGGAGAUAAGUGUGAUGAAUCGUCAUCAUCACUGGGGAUAUUCGGCAAGGUGGACCCCAGAGUAAUGAGUGACUUGAUUAUUGGUUUAUCGGACGGAUUGACGGUUCCAUUUGCAUUAACGGCAGGUCUUUCAUCUCUUGGAAAUUCCAAAUUGGUUAUUACCGGUGGUAUGGCGGAGUUGGUUUCUGGUGCAAUCUCUAUGGGUCUAGGCGGAUACCUCGCAGCUAAAUCAGAAUCUCAGUACUAUGAUGCACAGGUGGGAAGAGAGAGACAGCUUUAUUUUGACGAUCCGGAAAUCAUGGCGGGUGAAUUACAGGAAAUUAUUAUAAAUAUGGGUGGCAGCAUCGACACUGCCGAUAUGCUCAUAAACGAUCUCAGCUCAAACCCAAAGUUGAUGAUUGAUUUCAUCAUCCGAUACGGAAGAGGCCUUGAGGAGCCUGCUGAGAAUCGUCAGCUUACGUCAGCUCUAACUAUUGGUUCUGGGUACUUCUUUGGCGGCUUUAUACCGCUUGUGCCCUAUUUCUUCUCCAAUACUGUGGGUACCGGCCUCACAAUUUCCGUUGUUGUGAUGCUCAUAACUUUGUUCUGGUUUGGCUUCUUCAAAGCUAGAAUAUCGAUGGGUUCGGAGGUCGGAUUUGCCACAUGUUUAAGUGAAGGCCUCCAGAUGAUUCUUGUCGGUUCAUUGGCUGCUGGCUCUGCCUGGCUUUUAGUUGAUUGGAUCGACAGUUGA